AGGUAGGGUUGCAGCCAAACCUCAGCGUCGAUCCAUUGUUUGUGUUUCUUGAAAAGCAAUCCGAUGGCUGUGCUACAAUUGUGAGCUCAGAAUGGUAAUCAGCAAACCAUAUAAACUGCCAUCCAUUUACAACAUCACCCCCUUCACUUGUUUUUCCAUCAUCCACAAAAACCAUUUAACAUCCUCAUCAUCGCAUCCUACUAUACAAUCUAAUAUUUAGUCAAUCAAUCGGGUCAUACUUGUUUUCCGUCAUCUCACUCUUCACUCAGAUUAUAGCAUUCACCAUUCUGUCCCUUGAACACUCUGACAACAUCAAGACUCGUCUUCAUCCCUCAGUUUGAUAGUCAUCAUGCAUUCCUCUACUCUCAUCUCUUUGCCUUUCCUUUAUCUUCAUCUCAUCAAUCACGUAUCUACUCAAGUUCCUUCAACUGCUUCACCUUGUAUUCAAAAUUGCGCUCGUGUCAAAGUCUCUGAAGGUUAUUGUUCUUCAAUUUCAAUCUUCGCCAGUGCUUAUGACCAAUGUUUAAAGGACCACUGUAACUCAUCCGACAAUCUAGAUGGUCUUCAGUAUGUGAACUCGAUCUGCGGUGCCUCCAAUAAUGGUACAACAGCUCCUGCCGGCAACAGCACGAAUGCCAACGGUACUGCCAAUGCGAAUGGCACUGCCAAUGCCAAUGGUACCACUGGGUUGAGUGACUAUGGUACCACUGUCACUAACGCCCUUGGAGCCGCGGGUCUUACCUCACUUGCCGCCUUACUCGCCUCCCCCGGCGGUCAAGGUUUAGUCAACUCUCUCUCCGAAGGGAAUCACACUGUCCUCGCGCCAUCCAAUGAGGCUCUCUCGGCACUCGGCAACGUUACCGGCUCCAAUAACACUGCCGACGUACAAGCCCUACUCAAGUACCACGUUCUACCGGGCUUUUUGAACUCGGCUUCACUCCCGGCUGGUGGCCAUGCCAUUGUUCGUAGCUCUUUGGCCGGUGAACCGUACGUGAACCUACCCGGAAAUGACUCUCAAGCCAUUGUCUUCGCCGGCGACCAGAACUCGCUCACCGUCAUCGAACCCACCCGAAACAUCACAAUCAACAACACUACUCAAGUCUCUAAUCUCCAACUCGCAAUGAUCUCAACUGCAUUGACUGUUCCUGGAACCAUUGCAACUGUUGCUGCUGGGAUUCCUGAGCUCUCGAGUUUAGUCUCUGCUGUCAAUGGAGCCUCUCCUCAACUUUUCCAAAAUUUGGACCAAACUCCUGGUUUAACCAUCUUUGCACCCAUCAAUGCCGCAAUGAGCAGCGCUGGUAACGUCAGCAACCUGCAAAGCAUCCUCAUCAACCACCUUGUGAACGGUACCGUACUUUACUCGACAGUCAUUGGCAAUGUGACCGAAGCAGUUUCAGCCGGAGGAGGUCAGAUCCACUUCGCCAAGGACGGAGCCGAGACAACUGCGACGUUGGGAAACAAGACCAUCAAGAUUGUUCAAUCUGAUAUCUUGACAAAGUCUGGUGUGAUUCAUUUAGUUGAUGGACUUUUUGAAGCUUCUAACUCUACUCCGACGUUUCCUAUUCCUAACACAAACAACGAUACCGAGACUGUUGGAAUCACUCCUGUCGGAACAUCGCCUGCUUCAUUAGGUGCCCAAAACUCAGCUGGAAGCCACAAGUCUUCAAUUUCCUUCAUCACUCUAAUUUCCUCAAUCUUCAUGUUCCUCGGUGUUCACUAUCUUUGAAACACCCUUUUUCACAAAAAAGAAGUAACCAACAAAAAAAGGUAGCAAAUUUAUAUUUUUCGAUAAGACCAAUGACUUUUACAAAGAUAAGCAGAUCUGAAGCAUUUAUACAAACAUACAGAUCUGGAUACGUUUUGAGGAGUUCACAAUCGUCUUAUAUUCUCCUCUGUUCUUCAUUUUCUUUUUGCUUUGUGGGUUUUCAUGUUUUGAAAUGAAAAAAAUAGUUGAACUGCGUCUUCUGUGAUUGAUGUGAAUGAUGGGGAAUUUUGUACUACAAAUUCAACAUUGGCC